AUGCUGUCGCCUUCGCGUGUCUUCACACGCGCUCGCUUUCCGCUUAGGCACUAUGGCAUUGCAUUACCCCGUCGAUCCCUAUUGACCCUUGCCAUUGAGACGUCGUGCGACGAUACAUCAGUCGCCAUCGUCGAGAAACACAAAGAUGCUUCGGCAACGCUUCACUUCCACAAANAAGUGACUGCCAAUACAGCCGCCUAUAAUGGUAUUCAUCCGGUUGUUGCACUCGAGUCGCAUCAGUCAUCACUUGCUCCGUUGUUGCAAGAGGCUUUGAGCCAUCUACCAUCAAUACAGCUGGACUCUGAUCCUCGUCGUUCAUUGCACCAUGGAAAUACUUUGCGCACCAAGCCGGACUUCAUUUCGGCCACAAGGGGCCCUGGUAUGCGUUCUAAUCUGUCCGUCGGUCUGGACGCUGGCAAAGCACUAGCCGUCGCCUGGGAUGUUCCUGUUAUUGGUGUUCACCACAUGCAAGCACAUGCCUUGACUCCGCGCCUGGUAUCUGCACUCGAGUCUAGGUCUUCCUCUGGCCCAAACUUUCCUUUCCUCAGUGCCUUGGUGUCGGGAGGUCAUUCCAUGUUGAUUGAAACUACUGGGCUAGUCGACCAUAAGGUCCUCGCGACUACUGGCGACAUUGCCUUAGGAGACUGCUUGGACAAGGCUGCCCGUGCGAUCCUGCCAUCUCACCUCGCAGUGCCUCCAUAUGGACGAGCACUCGAGCAAUUCGCCUUCCCCACUGGAGCCGCAGACUACAAUUACACAGCACCUGCGAAACGGGACACAGAGCUCGCACGUAGAGUCACAAAAUGGGGCUGGGGGCUAGGUGCACCCUUGGCCGGGAGCAAGAACGGAAGCAGCAGUCGCAAAAUGAUCUAUUCCUUCUCCGGUCUAUUGAGUAGUAUCGAACGCUUCGUGAAUUACGAGUACGACCACCAAAACUCCACCAUCUCUAGCCAACUGCGCCAGUCUGGCCAGCCUUCCGACGAUGAACGCCGCGAUAUGGCCAAGGAAGUCAUGCGCGUGGCCUUUGAGCAUCUGGCUUCUCGCGUUCUGCUGCAUCUAUCCUCUCUGCCACCUGCAGAGGCUGCCAAGGUAAACUCUGUGGUUGUUUCGGGUGGUGUGGCAGCGAAUUGCUUCUUGCGCCAUGUUAUGCGUGCUUUCCUAGAUAUAAGAGGAUAUAGCCAUGUGGAGUUGUUUUUCUCGCCUGUCGAGCUAUGCACAGACAAUGCGGCCAUGAUAGGAUGGGCGGGCAUAGAGAUGUGGGAGGCAGGUUGGAGGUCGCAGCUAUCGGUGCGACCGAUCAAGACGUGGUCCAUGGAUCCAAGUGCUAGUGAUGGCGGUAUCUUGGGUGUAGAGGGAUGGUUGAGAGUGUGA